GUCCCUUCCGAGGGAUCCUCCUCCAUUGCCUGCAUUCCCUCCAUCAUGGUCUCUGGGCUGCUGCUGCUGCUGCUGCUGCCCCUCCUGCUGGGGUCUGCGGUGCCCUCCCCGUCGGGCUGCCCUCCCUGCCACCCAGAGCGCUGCCCUCGGGUGCUGUGCGGCGCUGCGGAGCUGACGGGGCUGGAUCUGUGCGGCUGCUGCCCGCGGUGCCUGGGCUCCGAAGGGGAGCGCUGCGGAGGGGCCCGAGGGGCGCCCUGUGGGCCGGGCAUGGUCUGUGUCAGCAGAGGAAAGGAGGAGGGUCCGGAGGAGGAAGAGGAGGAAGGCACCGGGCGCUGCCUCUGCAAAGAAGAGGGCGCCGUCUGCGGCUCCGACGGACGCUCCUACGGCAGCCUCUGCGCCCUCCGCCUCCGCGCCUGGAAGGAGGAGGCUAGCCCUGUCGCCAGCAGCAGAGAGGGACGCCGGCUCCGCAAGGCCCACGACGGGGAGUGCAAGAUCGCUCCUGCAAUUGUUGUGCCACCAAAACGGAUUCACAAUGUAACUGGAGCACAGGUCUACCUCUCCUGUGAAGUCAAAGCAGUCCCAACUCCCAUCAUCACUUGGAAAAAGGUAACAGAGUCCCCAAAGGGAGUUAAACUCCUAGAAGAAUUGCCUGGAGACAGAGUCAACAUGGCCAUCCAGGUUCGAGGUGGUCCUUCUAAACAUGAGAGCACAGGCUGGGUUUUGAUUAAUCCGCUGACAAAAGAAGACGAGGGGAUUUACCAGUGUCAUGCCACAAAUAUGGUGGGAGAAACACAGGCAGAGGGAAACAUUAAAGUUCUGGAGCAAAAUAAAAAUAAGAAGGCUCAUUUCCAAACAUUGGGAGGCAAGAAGUAGCAGCAAGGAAGACAUUAUUUGACGACCUCUGAUAGAAUCGGAGCUGAGCACAGACUAGAUACCAGUGAAUUAGUAAUUUAAUUUCCUACCUGCCAAGGACUAGAAGACACUCUCUUGAUAUUCUUUUUUGCUCAGUGUUGCAGUUUUUAUGCCCUUUUCUAGAAUGUCUGAUUAAUAUUGACCCUGUAGUUAAUGUAACAAAUGCUCAAUUAAAGCAUGUUUUUAAAAAUA